CCGUAAAAUGCAUGUUAUGAAUUGUCUCUCCUUGGUCAAUGAUAAAGAAAAUGGGGCUAUUCCAGUUGCAAUGGGAUUAAUGAAUGAGGAUACGACGACAGCAUCUCAACUUCCUCAACCUGCAACAUCUCCGCCCCCACCACCAUGUCCCCUCACAGGGGCACCCCCAGCCCCUCCACUGCCCCCGGGGAUUCCGCCCCCACCACCUCCACCACCGCUUCCUCCUCCGCUGCCUGGGCCAAACCUACCUCUGCCUCCGCAGCUGGUAAACGGGCAUGACAACCAUGGCAAAAAAAAACGGAUGCGGAGCUUUUUCUGGAAAACUAUCCCUGAAGAACAAGUCCGCGGUAAAAACAAUAUCUGGACGAUUGCUGCAAGACCGCAGUAUCAGAUUGAUACAAAGACAAUCGAGGAACUUUUUGGGCAGCAGGAAGAAACCAAGCCCCAGGACCUCCGAAAUCGAUCUUUAAAGUCUUCAUUCAAAGAGAAUAAAGAGGAGGUUGCCAUUUUGGAUGCAAAAAGAAGUAUGAACAUUGGGAUAAUUCUCAAACAGUUCAAAAAGCCUGCUGAAUCCAUCAUUGAAGAUAUUUGUCAUGGAAGAAGUGAGCCCUAUGGUUCUCAACUGCUGCGUGAAUUUCUUAAAUUAUUACCAGAAGCAGAGGAGGUAAAGAAAUUAAAAGCCUUUGAUGGAGAUGUAUCAAAACUGUCUCAAGCCGAUUCCUUCAUGUAUUCACUAAUCCAGGUGCCAAACUAUGCUCUUAGGAUUGAAGCCAUGGUGUUACAGAGGGUGUUCUCACCCUCAUGUGCUUCUCUACAGGAUGACAUGAAAAUUAUAAGACGAGCAACAAAAGAGUUAAUGACUUGUGAGGAACUGCAUUCCAUAUUGCACUUGGUCCUUCAGGCUGGGAAUAUUAUGAAUGCGGGAGGUUAUGCUGGCAAUGCUGUUGGAUUUAAACUGUCUUCACUGCUCAAGCUGGCGGACACUAAAGCAAACAAACCUGGGAUGAAUCUGCUCCAUUUUGUUGCUCUGGAAGCUCAAAAGAAAGAUGCUGCUCUUCUCAACUUUUCAGAAAAAAUUAGAGAUGUUCACGAUGCUUCCAGGUUGUCCAUCGAUAAUAUAGAAACAGAGCUCCACUCACUGUCUUUCAAGGCAAGAUCUGUUAAAGAAAGCAUUCGACGAGACCCAAAACUCUUUCACCAGAUGGAAAGCUUUCUCCAGUUUGCUGUAAGACAUCUGAAGGAUCUCGAACACCAGAAACGAGAAUUACAAAAGGAAGGAAAUGCUCUCAUCGACUUUUUCUGUGAAGACAAAGAAACUAUGAAAUUGGAUGAAUGCUUCCAGAUCUUUAAGGAGUUCUGCAUAAAGUUUGACAAGGCUGUUAAGGAAAACAGGGAACGAGAGAUCCAGGAGCUUCAUAGUCUCCAAAGGCAAAAGGAGCUGGAGGAGAAGCGUCGCUCCUGGGCAGCUGGAGAGCUUGGGAGCUUUGGACGGAGCAGUAGUGAAAAUGAUGUGGAGAUGUUGGCCAAGAAAGGACUUGAAGAAUUUCUUCCCUUCUUGCAGCAGAGACCUCAAAGCCCUUCAUACAGAAACCCCAAUUCUAGACGCUCUCGACUUUCUUUGGGGAUAACUGCAGGCAGGGAGUUGCAGAGUUUCCUGGAAAUCUCAAAAGAUGAGGAUCCAAACAAGUUUAACAGCCUUCCUCGUGCAAACACCAGACAAGCAAGACCAAAUGUAGCCUGGCCUGAAUCCAAAGAAACAAGAGAUGUCAACCUAAAUACCUUGCACUUAAACCAACAGUCUGAAACCAAAGUGAAAAGUGGUGGCCUGCUGCAGGUGCCUCCACCUCAACCUAGCCACCUCAGUGGCUCAACAGGUCCUGAUACUCUUUACUCACAGAGGAGCACCGACUACAACACACACACUUCCAAUGUGUCCUGUGAGGAGUCCACAGAUAUAAAUGCCCUGGCCCUUGCAAUUGAGGAGCGUGAGCUUGUUAAAGGGCUACGUAAGUUUGACAUUCAAGGAGCAAAGCCUGCAGAGAACGCACCUUUAAUAUAUUUAGAGGAUGCUGGUGGAACAGACUUGGAGACUCUAGAUGAUCUAAGCUUUCAUUCCCUUAGCACUGCCGAUGAUGACCUGCCUCCGACUUGCAGAAGUUCCAGAGAGGCACACGACCAUAAAGCCAAGGCAGUGAGUUGCAAGAGUGAAGCUUCAGAGCCCAGCAGCAGCAGCCCCGUGUCUAUGGAUACGAGUGUUUCGGGAAGUAGGGAAGAUGGGGCAAUGUUUUUUGUGUCAGAUACAACGACCGACUGUUCUUUGACUUUGGACUCUGAAGAGGGAACUGAUUUUAAAUCGACAGGCAAGGAAAUAAGAAGUGAGCCUGGCAAAGCACACUCUUCUGGGAAUGAUGCACAGCACAGGGAUAGAACAUUCUUCUCAAACCUGAAUUCUGCUUCUGCCAAGGAUCUCCAUGCUUCUGCGAAUGACAAGGAUGAUGCCAAUAGCAAGCAGGCCCAUCUGAAAGAGAAGCCUACGAAAAAUAAAGACCCGGUAGGGCCAAAGAGAAACUCUCUAAAAGAUAGAUCUCCAAGCUCCUCAAAAUCCAGUGGCACUCGCCCUAGCUACACAGCUCCUUCCAGACCUGUAAGAACUUUGAAUGCCUCUGAGAAUGAAAGUAUGAGGAAGGUGGUGCCUAUUUCUCGGUCAAGCAGAGCACCAAGCAGCGUCAAAAAGCCAGAAGCCAAGCCGGUGCUUCGUGACUCUAGCACAGUGGAAAGUCGGCUGUCUCGUCGCAGCUCCGUCCGAGGCACAACAGACACACUGCCAAGAAGUCCUUACAGGCAUAGCAUGUCAGUAGAAGAGCCGAAGUUUCAAAGGGGCACUGUUACCUCGAGCAGUGCCCAUUUUGAGAGGGAUAGAGUCUCUCUCAAGAAGCCAAACUCCAAACCUGUCAGGAGUAGCAUGAAGUCAAAGACAGACGAAUUGAAGAUAUGUCGCUCCAGUGGAAAACCCCAGACCCCUACAGAUGACACCAAAGUUGCCACAAUCAGUGUGCCCAAAACGCCAUCCGCUGUCCCAAACUUUGCGAGGAAUACAGUGGCUUCUUCUUCAAAGCGUGCAAAAGUGGAUCUGUCCAGCUCGUCCAGGCCUCCAACCAUCACACGGUCAGUGUCCCAGAGGCUGCCUAAAGUGAAGCCAGCAGUGACCUCUGAUGAUCCAAGCCCAAAGGAGAACAACAUGAGUACCUUAAAGAGAGCGAGUAGUGCCAGGGUGGUAGGAAGAAGCGUCCUGCAGGGAGAAGCUGUCAGCAUUAAAGGAGAGCCUGCACCGAAGGAGCAGGGAACAAUGGAAAAGGCCUCUCUUAAACUGAAAGAUCCAAACCGGACCACGAUUGGUAAAAUACUGAAGCCGUUACUGAAGUAAGAGAGAGGGGGUUUUUUGAAUCUUGGAAUGUGAACACUUGUUCAAGCACUGGAUGUCGGUGUUGUGAAAUUCCUUAAAACAGUUAACAUUGCUGAUAAGCAACAUCACGUGCCCAUUGAAGUGCGGCACACUGUUGGAAAAGGGCAAGUAAUUGCAUUCUGGUCUAAAUCCCUUUUUAUUAAUUUGAAUGUAUUUGAAGCUACUGUGAUGGAACGUGAGCGUAACAGCAGAUCUUUGCGUGUUUAUGAUACAGGUCACCAAAAGCCAAAAAAGCCUGAAGUUAAAACUACAAGAGGGAACUCUUUGUAACAGAAAACACAGAUAACGGCCAGUUUUUGUGUACAUGAGAUUCUUCCUAAGACUCGAGCCUUUGUACUGGUUGGUUCCUUAUUCAGCGUCGAAGUGAACCCUGUGGAACAGUACUAAGAACGAACCUGGGUGAUUGUGCUUUCCAUUGCUUUCAAUUCCUUGGAUUCAGGAACUCUUUUGCCUCUUGCAAAGUCCGUUGCUGGCAAUCGGACAGGCUGGGAACUGCUGGCCAACAAAUAGUAUGAGGAGACGUUUGCUCUUUGUGGCUGUCUUUAACCUCACUGAAGAAUUUCUAGCAUGUUUUAGGAAUGUGUAUGUGUGUCUGGAGAAGGCUUUCUGCUGGGCAGGAGGCUUGUUCUCCGGGAACGUGGCAGCAUUGUCUUGCAUGCACAAGUAGAUAUGGCUGUGGUACUGCAUUGAGUAGCACGGCUGGAGGCUGUGCCUGUUGGAAGGGCCAUCAGUAACUGUUGGGUUGACAACUGCUCCUGACUCGUCUCAGUCACAAGCAAACGUUGGGUCAGCUUUUGGUCAUACAGAAGUGCCAUAUAUUUAUGAAACAUACCAAGGAUGUUUGCAGUUCAACUCUUGAAGGCUGCGACGUGGUGCUGAGCACUUUCUUACCAUUCCAUGUUUCCACUGGUUUAUCUACUACCAAAUUACUUGAAUGUUGCAAUGGCUCUGAUUGAGCCAUUAGUUUCCCUGCCUCUUCUUCCUCUCCCUCUCCUUGUCAACAUGAAUAUUUAGCAUGAAACAUGGAGCUUACGCAUGACAAUGUUUUUGUAGACUUUCUUGGUUGCUUCGAAUGUGGCUUUUAAUGCAUAAGGACUCUAAAGGAUUAAUUAAACUAGUAUUUUAUAAGCUUUUUACAAAAGAAAAACACCACUUUUUUUUCUGCAGAUACAAAUUUUAACUCCUAUCAGACUAAGGUACAGAGAAUGAGGGAAAACUUGUUCAGCAUGCUGUGCAUCUUCCCAAGAGAAAUGUAUGUAGGUGGGGAAAAACUGAUCACUGUUCUACUAAGCAUCUUAUUUAAAGAGCUGCCUUUUUAUUCACUUACGUAAGAGCAAAGCCUCCUUUAAGAAUAAAAUAAAAACAUAGAGGAAAAUGUCUUCGGGCAAAUGGCAUUGAUGUACUAGUGGUGGAGAUCUGUUUGUCUGAUCUGUCCCUGAGUGCUGGGAGAGAGUAAUUCAAUAAGGACGAGCCAUUAAAUUGCUCAGAUGCUUCUCAUGGGCUAGUAUCAGGGACAGCUAGCUUUGUGGUUUGGAUCUGGCAAGGGGCCUUUAGCUCUUCCCACAUACCAGCAAAUCUGGGUGCAGAUGUCAUACCCAGACACCAUAAAGUGUUGCACAGGGCCUCUUGUUUAAGUCUGACCCGCAGGGAGAAUUUCUACAGCCCGCUUUUCGGCAAGGCCCAAUCUUUGAUUGAAACCCUAUCAGCUUUUUGGAUACUGCCUCCCUUGUGGGUUAGAUACAAAAGCAUCUCCCUCCUUGUUUGUAUCUGUGCGUAUGGAUGCACAUCUGCAAGAGCAGAUGACUGACUUCUUUCAUUUUUUUUUUUAAAAAAAGAAAACAGAAAAAAAAAUUGUUGGUAGCAAGCUUGAAAAAUAAUUUAAAUGU